AUGGGACCAAAAAAGAGAAACCAAUCAAGAAAUGUAGAAGUUGAGAAAAGAGAGCUAGAAAAGUUUGAAGGGUCGGUAGCUCAGUUUCAAGUUGCCACUGCAGAGGCUUUCAAUUUUCGGGAGCCUCAAGGAUGGUCCACAUGGAUCACACGGUUUGAACGAAUCACAAGUGCUUCAAACUUGUCAAGUAAGUCUGAACGAUGCCAGGUAGAUUUACUUAAAUGUACUCUUUGUGAAGAAGGAGAAGAUUUAUUGAAAUCUUUUAGACUGAUUGAGGAGGAAGCAGGUUGUUACGAGAUAGUUGAAGGGAAUUUCGAAGCAUAUUUUGGUAUUAAAAAGAACGUAGUAUAUGAAAGAACAAAAUGUUUUAAACGGAGACAGUCGGGAGAACUAGUGGACUCAUUUGUAAAUGAUUUACAUAAAUUGGCUGAAGGAUGCAAUUUUGGAAACUUGCGAGAGGAAUUAAUUAGAGACUUGAUUGUUAUUGGGGUUUUGGACAACAAGGUGUCUGAAAUAUUACAGUUGGAUGAUUGUCUGACAUUGGAAAGAGCAAUAGUAUCAAGAGCGGAAAGUAUCAAGAAACAGCAGGCAGUUGUGCGGGACCAUGAUUUGAAGGAUGUCAAUGUAUUAGCAAACAGUCAGAAUGCCAAACCAACUAGUCAGUCCCUUAGAUUUACAAAUACUAAGAAGUGGAAAUGUUACAAAUGUGGAUUUUCACAUGAUCAGAAUGGUAAGUGUCUAGCCUUAGCGAGUCAUUGUUUUAAAUGCAAUGUAGUUGGUCAUUUUGGUCGUGUAUGUAAGCAAGGACCAAGACCAAAUGUUAGGGAAGUAGAAACUGAUAACCAAACACCUGCAGAAUCCUACUUUGGAGAGCUGACGAUAGAUCAACUUCAAUCCCAGGACCCAUGGACGGUCUCUGCUAUAAUUGGCAAACAUCAGGUAAAUUUUAAGCUGGAAACAGGAGCAGAUGUAUCUGUCAUUGGAUCAUUCCUAUGCAAAUCUUAA